CGUACAAGGGGCACGAUUUUAUUCAGGAAAAUUUAUCAAUACCAGAGGGCUAGGGGAGCGGAGCGAGUUUGGUGGCGGCAGCAGCAGCAGCAGCAGCAGCGGCAGCAGCAGUACCACCAGUAGCAGUGGCACCAUCCUCAGUGUAACAAGGAUCCUCCGCCUUUUCUCUUCCCCGAAGAGACUGUCUGUCGGUCUGUCCGUCCGUCCGUUUGCUCGAUCAUAAAGUUCGAAAGAGAAAACCGAGCAGGAGAGCAAAAAAAUCAAUUGUUUCUCUCUAGUAAUACACCGCGGAUUUCCGGCUAACUAGAUAUCAUGGCAAGCGAAGGCGGUCUUGGGCCGGAUGCGGCGGCGGGUGCCGGAGGCGAUGGAAUCGUCGGGGGCCCCAGAACUCCCCAACAAAUUGCCUCGUCCAAAAGGCUGCAGCAGACGCAGGCACAGGUUGACGAGGUUGUCGAUAUAAUGAAAACAAACGUCGAGAAGGUCUUGGAGCGUGAUCAAAAAUUAUCGGAACUCGACGAUCGGGCUGACGCUUUGCAGCAAGGCGCAUCACAGUUUGAACAACAGGCAGGAAAAUUGAAGAGGAAGUUCUGGCUACAAAAUUUAAAGAUGAUGAUUAUAAUCGGAGUCAUUGGUCUCAUCAUACUAGCCAUCAUCGUUGCAAAAUUCAUGCCGGACAGUGCGCCGCCCGUUCAACAACAACCCUAUCCUUACAUGCUGCAGCCACAAGCAAUUCCACCAUCUGGUUCAGCGGGAGCUCCUGCAGCUGGUGCGGCUGCGGCAUCUCCUUCAGGAUCUCAGGCCGGAGCUGCCACGCUAGUCGGGACACUGAGCGGUGCUCACAAUAUCAUGUAAGAUUAAGUUGUAUGUGGAGCACAUAUACUUACAACGCUGGAGAUUCUUAUACUUUAUUAGAAAAAUAUUAUGAUUUUCAUCGAAUGCGGGGAAUGAAAAUUUGGUCCAUUUAUUUUGAGACACAGUCACGUUCCUUCUGUGCGUUAUUCGCAAAUCGCAAAUUUUCUGUGACAAGCUUGAUCUGUGAGUGUAUGAUAAAUUUUAGAAACGACUUACUAUCUUAUUGGAAGAUACAUUCCUGACAUUUAAGUUUAACCAAAGUUGUAUAUUUUACACGAUUGCUAUUCUAUGUUUGUAUUAUGAGUACAUAAUUUUCCAUCACUUUCUCUAUCGUUAUUUUCUUCGAUUUUAGAAUGAUUUCAUUCAAUCUAGCAGAAUAACUCAUGCACGUGCAUCCAUCUAGAUGCGAUUGUAGAAAUGGUGAUUAUUGCCGUUAUUUUACUAAUAUCAUUAUCGACAAUUGAGAUAUGUGAGAAUGGGUAAGGACGAGGGAUUUCAAUUUUCUUUGAACAUUGACUUGAAACUAAUUUUGAGAUAUACGCGAGACGUUGUUGAAAAACGCGAUAUUACAAAAUGUCAAUAAAACAAUAUAAUAAAAUUAAUUAGCAACACUGUAUUACAUGCAUAUUAUAUUAUACAUACAUACAUCUGUGUAUACUAUCGCUGAAUAUAAUGAGUAAUCCUGUAAAGAUUUAGUAAUGAAGAAUAAUGAGAG